AAUGUUUUGUUUAGAAUUUUAUUUAUUCAAAGCCAGGAAUUUUGAGAAUUGAGAGCUUGUUUUUCCAACAUAAAAAAUGGAAAGUUCAACAUAGUAGUCGGAGACUUUCUUCUCUCAACAACUUUGCUUUCGUUUAUAAUCGUCUAAUUAUCAUUAACAUUACCGAUUGAAUUAACUGUCUCUAGCUAGCUUUCCAUUUUAAAUAAAAAGUCUACUUAAGCCAGGAUAGCAGCUCGGAAAUCGAUUACUAUUUUAGUAAUAAAAAUAACACUUUAAAUAAGAAUCCAGUAGUUAAGGAUAAUGGCGCUUGACCCUGUAAUCAUGGAGGUUCAGCAAAAGCGUGCGCUGAAGUUUCUGCUGGAUUUCGUGGCCAGGAUCUUCGUAGUGUCCAGCUUCCUGGCGGAGGCCUUGUACACCUACAGCCACUGGCACCUGCAAAGGAGUACGGUGAACAUGACCUGGCAUUGUGGCUACUUGGUGGCCGGGACCUUCAACAGCCUUCUGGCGACGGCGCAACUGAUUGGCUCCCUGCUGAUUGUGGUCCACAGGCAGAGAUUCCUGGCCACGGGAAUGCUUUGGUUGGCUUCCCACCUGCGAAUGGCCGCCACUCCGGCGCUGUGGAGCGUGCCCAAGUACAUGGAGCUGUGCGGCAUGAUCAGCGCCCUGCUGCUGAUAAUGCUGAAGUCCCAACGAUACGCAGUGGUCACCUUUCUGCUGAUCACCUACCUGAACUGCAAGGAGCUGGAGCGCUUCCUGUGGCACGUUCUCUACAAGUACGUGCUGAAGAUGCUGCUGGUCCUCAUCAUGGUGGGCUUCCGGCUGAAGCUCUCCACCGGUCUGCUGAUCGCUUUGUUGGCAAUCCACUGCCUGGAUAGCCACAUCUGGCGGAGUGAUGCCCUCGAGGACUACUUGUUGUCCACCGGGGACGUGCGCCGCUUCCACUUUUGGCACAAGGUCUCCGUAGCCGGGGGACUGAUGCUCAGUGUAUCCAAACGAAAUCGCCUUCACACGUUGUAA